UUCCCUCUCAUUUUCCUCAUUUCUUCAGUGUUCUCAUUCUCACCACUAAACUCCCUUCUUCUUUCAUAAUGUCACCAAACACUCUCACAUAAUGCAAGAGACCCUCCUCCACAUCUCUCAACCUACGGAAGACAAAACCCAACACCACCCAGUCCACCACCUCCUCGUCCCACCCACCCGCUUACACCGAUCCCAGGCCAUCAACUCCCGGCGCGUCACUCCCACGCGCACCGAAACCACCACCAGCACUUCCUCAGCGCCCGAGAAGCUCCUCCCCAACGGCGACAUAUACACGGGGGCGUUCUCGGGGAGCGUGCCGCAUGGGAAAGGGAAGUACUUAUGGUCAGACGGGUGCAUGUACGAAGGGGAAUGGAAGAAGGGCAAAGCGAACGGGAAGGGGAAAUUCUCAUGGCCAUCGGGCGCAACCUACCAGGGGCACUUUAAGGACGGCAGAAUGAACGGAGACGGCACCUUUGUCGGAGUGGAGGGAGACUGUUACAAAGGGCAGUGGCUGUGUGAUAGGAAACAUGGGUAUGGCAAGAAAUGGUACGGUAACGCCGACGUUUAUGAAGGGUGGUGGAGGUACAAUUUGCAAGACGGUGAAGGCAAGUAUAAAUGGGGUAAUGGGAAUGAGUAUUUUGGGGAGUGGAAAAAUGGGAUUAUUCAUGGCAAAGGAGUUCUGGUUUGGGCUAAUGGCAAUAAAUAUGAAGGACAGUGGGAGAACGGUGUGCCCAAAGGUAAAGGGGUUUUUACUUUCGGCAAUGGCGAUGGGAAUGCCAGAUUUGAAGGCAGUUUAAAGAGAUCUUCCUGUGCAGACGGCGGCGGCGGCGGCGGUAAUAAUUAUUUUAAUUAUCAUCCCAGACUUUGUAUCUGGGAGUUGGACGGCGAGGCUGGUGAUAUUACUUGUGAUAUUGUUGAUAAUGUUGAUUAUGAUAGUAAAGAUGAAGAUUGUAGUGCUAAAGACAGUGAUACUGCUACAACUGUUGACAUCUUGCAAAGUCCUUGCGGCUCUGCUGAUGCUGAUUUUAAGAAGCCAGGGCUACCUGUUUCCAAAGGCCAUAAGAAUUAUGAUCUGAUGAUCAAUCUUCAACUCGGUAUCAGAUAUUAUGUGGGCAAGCAUGAUCUACUAAUGCGCGAACUCAGGCAAACUGAUUUUGAUUCCAAGGAGAAGUUCUGGACCAGGUUUCCCCCGGAAGGAUCCAAGCUCACACCUCCGCAUCAGUCUGUAGACUUUAAAUGGAAAGAUUAUUGUCCCAUGGUCUUCAGACAUUUGAGGGAAUUGUUUGCAAUAGAUCCCGCGGAUUACAUGGUUGCUAUUUGCGGAAAUGAUGCACUUAGGGAAUUUUCUUCCCCCGGAAAGAGUGGGAGUUUCUUUUAUUUAACUCAAGAUGAUCGUUUUAUCAUAAAGACUCUGAAGAAAUCUGAAGUUAAGGUACUCAUUAGGAUGCUAUCGAAUUAUUACCAACAUGUUUGCCGGUAUAAGAAUUCCUUGAUUACAAAGUUCUUUGGUGUACAUUGCGUGAAACAAGUUGGAGGGCAAAAGAUCCGUUUUGUUGUAAUGGGCAAUUUGUUUUGUUCCGAGUACCGCAUUCAUAAGCGGUUUGACCUAAAAGGUUCAUCUUAUGGUCGCGUAACUGAUAAGGCUGAGGGAGAAAUUGAUGAGACAACAACACUUAAGGACCUAGAUCUUAAUUAUGUAUUUCGGAUUGAAAGGUCAUGGUAUCAGGAGCUCAUCAGGCAAAUCGAUAGAGACUGUGAGUUUUUGGAAGCUGAAGGUAUUAUGGAUUAUAGUCUGUUGAUUGGUCUUCACUUCCGUGACGAUUACUCAAGUGAUGAGUCAAAGACGUCACCCAAUGGCCUGCAUUUUGAAAAGCAGAAUAUACAUCACGAUAAAACAUCAAUGAGAGGUUAUCACUUGCUGCCCGAUAUGGAUUGGGUUAUGGAAGGCCGGGGUCCGUUUAUCCGGUUAGGAGCAAACAUGCCAGCAAGAGCAGAGCGUGUUGAGCAUGGGAGCUGUGGAAAUGUUAAUUCAACAGGUCAGAUGUUUGACGUGGUUCUGUAUUUUGGCAUCAUUGACAUCCUUCAAGAUUAUGAUAUUAGUAAAAAACUAGAACAUGCAUACAAGUCUUUGCAAGUGGAUGCCACUUCCAUCUCAGCUGUUGAUCCAAAGCUAUACUCCAAAAGGUUCCGAGAUUUUAUACACAGAAUUUUUACGGAGGAUAGGUGAUGAAUGAAGGGAAACCGGAUGUCAAAACUAAAACAAAAAAAAUGAAACGUAACCUCGGGCCCAAGUCUAGGUCGCAUACACGGCAGCCAGGCGAGUGGUUUCCUGGACCGUGAAUGAGGUGUUUGAUGGGCUGAUCAAAUUGAAGUUGCAUAUGCGGUUAAAUAUUAGAAUUCUGAAGGUGAAAAUGCAGCAAUUUGUUUCCGUUAGCUAUGAGAACUCGAAGUUGCCAUGAAUGGAAGUCGGAAUGAGAACGUAUAUUGUCAAAAAGCAACAAGGAUGAGUAUGUAUUGUGUAUAGGAAAGAGCAGGUUUUCAAAUUUUGAAGAGAAGAAAAAGAAAAAUAUUGAACAUGUCUUUUUGUCACAUUCGUUCUUUUAUUUGUCUACUACUAUAAAGCAAAGCAAGCCAUGAAAAUAAGAGAAAAGCAUAAAGGAAAAGAUGUCUCAUUUGUUUUCUGUC